GCUUACCCGCUAAGCCACCGCGCUCCCGGCGGGGCCUCACGGCCGCUCCGCGCCUCCCCGGGGCCGCCGACGGCGAGGCGCCGCGCUGCGCUGCCGGCCGCGGGCCGCCAGGGGGCAGCGGAGCGCGGCUCUGCCCGCGGCGGCGGCGGCGGCGGCGGCGGCGGGGUGAGCGGGGCCGAGCCGAGCCUCCCCCGCCCCGCCAGCCCCCCGCCCCGCCGCCAGCGCACGGCGGCAGCCAGACCGCCGCGGCUCCGCAGGGCCGCCGCUCCGCUCCACUCUGCCAGCGGGACCCUGCCGCGGAGGGGGCGAGGAUGCUGCGCCUCAGCCGCGGGCGCGGGGCCAGCGGUGCCCACCCGCAGCGGCCGUGCCCGCUGCUCCUCCUGUCAGCGCUGCUCUGGGCGCCGGCGCUGGUGGCCUUCAACCUGGACGAGGAGAAGCGGACGGUGUACAGCGGGCCCCCGGGCAGCUACUUCGGGUACUCGGUGGACUUCUACAUCCCCGACCCCAGCACGGUCAGUGUCCUGGUGGGAGCUCCCAAAGCCAACACCUCGCAGCCAGACAUAGUGGAAGGAGGAGCGGUGUACCACUGCGCCUGGCCCGCCACCCAGUGCAGGCAGAUCCCCUUCGAUAACACCAACAACAGGAAAAUUAAAGUCAAUGGCACCAGGGAACCUAUUGAGUUUAAGACAAAUCAGUGGUUUGGGGCAACAGUCAAAGCUCAUAAAGAAAAAGUUGUGGCUUGUGCUCCCUUAUAUCAUUGGAGAACCCUUAAAGAUAGCCCUGAGAAGGACCCAGUUGGCACCUGCUAUGUAGCAAUUCAGAACUUCAGUGCCUAUGCUGAGUAUUCACCUUGUCGCAACAGCAAUGCAGAUCCUGAAGGACAAGGCUUUUGUCAAGCAGGUUUCAGCUUAGAUUUUUACAAGAAUGGAGACCUGAUAGUGGGCGGGCCUGGUAGUUUUUAUUGGCAAGGUCAGGUAAUCACUGCAAGUAUUGCGGAUAUCAUUGCAAAUUAUUCCUUCAAGAAUAUUCUGAGGAAACUGGCACGAGAGAAGCAAACAGGAGUAGCACCACCCUCAUAUGAUGACAAUUACAUGGGAUACUCAGUGGCUGCUGGGGAAUUUACUGGGGAUUCUGAACAAGAGUUGGUUGCUGGAGUCCCGAGGGGAGCACAGAACUUUGGCUAUGUCUCAAUUAUUAAUUCUUCAGACUUGACCUUUAUCCAGAACUUCACUGGUGAACAGAUGGCGUCUUAUUUUGGGUACACUGUUGCAGUAUCUGAUGUUAACAAUGAUGGUUUAGAUGAUAUCUUAGUUGGUGCCCCUCUCUUUAUGGAACGAGAAUUUGAGAGCAAGCCUAAAGAAGUUGGGCAAGUUUAUCUAUACCUGCAAGAAAGUGCUUUCCUCUUCCAAGAUGCGCAAAUUCUGACAGGCACUGAAGUGUUUGGUAGAUUUGGCAGUGCAAUCACACACCUUGGAGAUCUCAAUCAAGAUGGAUAUAACGACAUUGCUAUUGGUGCACCAUUUGCAGGAGAAGACAGAAGAGGGAAAGUGCUCAUUUAUAAUGGAUAUAGUAAUGGGUUAAAUGCUAACCCUUCCCAGGUUCUCAAUGGAGCGUGGGCCUCACAGUCCAUGCCUUCGGGAUUUGGCUUCACUCUAAGAGGAGACUCAGAUGUAGACAAGAAUGAUUACCCAGAUUUAAUUGUAGGUGCAUUUGGAGCUGGAAAAGCAGUUGUUUACAGAGCCAGACCUGUUGUGACAGUGAAUGCUCAGCUCCUUCUGAAUCCCAUGAUUGUGAAUCCAGAUAAUAAAACUUGUCAGCUUCCUGGCUCUCAGCUUUCAGUGGCCUGCUUUAUUGUAAGAGUCUGCGCAGACUUUGAAGGUCAAAGUAUUUCAGAUGAGAUAGUGUUGAAAGGUGAAUUGCAAUUAGAUUCAUUGAAACAGAAAGGAGCUGUUAAAAGGACCCUCUUCUUUGAUUACCAUCAGUCGCAUCAUUACUUCUCCAUUGUGAUAGAAAGACAGAAACAGCUCCAUUGCCAGGACUUUCUUGUUUAUCUCAGAGAUGAAACAGAAUUUAGAGAUAAAUUAUCUCCCAUCAAUAUAAACUUGAAUUAUAGUUUGGAUGAAUCCAAUUUUGAAGAUAGCUUGACUGUGAAGCCAAUACUAAACUAUUACCAGAAAAGCUCAGUAACAGAACAGGCUUACAUUCUGGUUGACUGCGGGGAGGACAACUUGUGCAUUCCUGACUUGCAGCUUUCUGCUAUGCCAGAUAAAGAUCAGCUAAUAAUUGGAGGAGAAAACUAUGUCAUGCUCAUAAUAAAUCCAAGGAAUGAUGGGGAAGGAGCCUAUGAAGCUGAGCUACAUAUAAAGAUUCCACCUGAAGCAGAUUAUACGGGGGUUGAACGCAACAAUAAGAGAUGUCAUGUUUUUUCUGAGGAGGAUCGAAACAUUAGUUCAACUAUCUAUGUCAUUCUUAGUGUCUUCCCUUCCACACUGCAGGCACUGCGUGUAUUGAGCUGUGAUUACAAGAUGGAAAAUGAAACUAGAAUGGUGGUUUGUGAUCUUGGGAACCCCAUGGUGGCUGGCGCAAAUUUCUCCACAGGCAUUCGAUUUUCUGUUCAGCAUUUUGAAAAUGCAGAUUUCAGCAUCAAUUUUGAGCUGCAGAUAAAAAGUUCUAACAAGAUUAAUCCCACCAGCAACUUAGUUAACCUCCAUAUCAACAUCAGUGCUGUGGCUCAAGUACAGAUCAGAGGAGUGUCUCACCCACCAACAAUUAUUUUGCCUCUUCACAACUGGGAACCCAAAGAUGAACCUACAAAAGAAGAAGAACUUGGUCCUUUAGUAGAACAUAUCUAUGAGCUGCACAAUAUAGGACCCAGUGCCAUCAACAAUACAGUUCUCCGUGUCGGUUGGCCUGUUUCCAGUCGAGAAGAAUUUCUUCUUUAUAUUCUUCAUAUUCAGACACAUGGACCAUUGCACUGUCAAACGAGCUCUCCUAUUAAUACAAUGCAAAUAAAGUUUGCUAUUCCAGAAGACACUCCUGAACUUGCUGCUUUUUUAUACAAUUCCACACUUUCUCAUUACAUCAGGAGAAGGGAUGUCACAGUGGCAGAACCUCACCGGAAAAACUCUGCAAAAAUAUUGAACUGUACAAAUGUGAAGUGUAUCCUAAUUUCCUGCGCUGUGGGACAGCUGGAAAGAGGGAAGAGUGCAGCGCUAAAAAUCAGGUCCCGGCUAUGGGCCCAAACAUUCCUGGAGAGAAAGAAUGAUUUCUAUACUCUUUCCUCCAAUGUGUCCUUCGAAGUUAAGAGCAUGCCAUAUAAAGUGCAACCGGCAAAGCUCCCUGAGGGAAGCAUAGCAAUCAGAACAUCUGUCAUUUGGUCCACUCCAAAUGUCUCCUUUGUAAUCCCUUUAUGGGUUAUAAUACUGGCAAUACUUCUUGGACUACUGGUACUAGCUAUGUUGACCCUAGCUUUAUGGAAGUGUGGCUUCUUCGACAGAGCUAGACCUCCUCAAGAUGACAUGGCUGACAGAGAACAACUGACAAAUAACAAGACUACUGAUGCAUAGAGGAAGAGAGUGACAGUUCAAGUCAGAAUCCUGCCUGAGACUAGACACAUGAUGAGGAUUAAAUGAAGGAUUCCUUCCACAAGUCUUCCUUUGUACCUGCAAGUGACAUAGUGUCAUAAUCUGAUCUAUGCAAUGUUCUGAGAACCUGCCACAUGAUGGCCAUCCUUGCCAAAGAAAGCAGCUUUAUCACUGCCUUACAAACACAUUCACCACUGAACAGAACAUUUAUCCCAUAUUCCAGUCAGUCUACAUUUCAGCAGAUGCUUUUGAGCACGUGUGGUAUACUGAGAUGCUUCCAGAACAAGCCCAAAUCUCCCAAGGAACACCUGCAUUGCUAUAUUGUCUAGAAGAUGGGCCAGGACAAAACUUCUGAAUGCUACUGUAUCAUGCAGAAUACCUUUGACACCUCCCUAAGAACUUUUAUGAAAUUAUGGCUCAGGGAGACAAGCAAUAUGUGAGUACUGUGAAAGUACUUCUGAAAAACAAAGGUAGUCUAUAAAGAACUUUAUAGAUGGGGCACAAUUAUUUAUUUUUCAACCUUUUCAGGAUAAGUAUCUGAUAUAAUCAUCAAUUUAGAUUUUGAGAGAAGAAAGUAAAAAAAUAGAAAUCAUGUACUUACCUUAACUGUAAAUAAAAAAGUAAACCCAUUGUACACGCAGAACACAUCUUUCAUGGCUACAAGGUGUUUUGCAAAGCAGAAGAUUGUGCAACAUUUUACAAGAUAAGACAUGAUAAACAAGUGUAUGUUGUAUCUCUUUCAACCUAGAGCAGGCAGUGUCACACCUAGAUAACUAAAUCCAUGCACAGUACAGAGCAGGGGAUGAGUUACUCUCUCACAGCAUUGCUGAUGGCUGCCACCUGUACGGCUGACACAGGAUACAGUCAUUUGUGAAACACUGAUUUAAAUUAUCACAGCCACACUGGUGAUAUCGAGAAGGCUUGGGGGUUUGGGGCUAGGAUAAAUUUUCUUUGCCAUUGCCCUGUUACUUUGUUGAAAUGGCCUUUGAAAAUGGAAUGGCUACUGCCAUUGUACCUUCUGUCUAAUUUGUGUCAGAGACCCUAAGACCUAAGACCUAAGACCUAAAGAAAUCUUUGCCUUUUUAUUUUAUUUUACUUUACAGACUACAAGCUGGCAGCGUAUUUAAAGUGUUGAUUUCAGCAAAGUUUAGGGCUGAAUAUAAUUAUUUCUUAAGCAAAGUCGUGCAGGGAAGGUGGGCAGGAUUUGUAUUUAUGCAGAAAAAUAGGGCGCCAGCCAGCCCAGCCAAGCAUGAACAAAAAAAAGGAAGGUAAAGAGUCAAAAUAUACAUUUAGGAUUUUAUUUUUUUCUGGAUCGAGGAUUCUGAAGAAGGGAGGCUUCGUUCUUUCUCCUUUAUUAGCAAGUGAUCCUUAUCUCAGCAGGGGCUCUAAGCUCUCAUCUCCACAAAUUUGUGCCUGAAAGCUUGAGUCUUCCAGUGCUGCCUGUGAGUGUGGUAUUAGCUAUAUUGUGUAAAUUUUAGGGGGGAUUGUUCAUUUUCUGAAAUAUACACCACACUUUCCUUCUCCUGAGCUCCUUUUCUUUCCAGUCCAUCUCAGUUUCUUACCUGGCAAAUGGCUUCAUCCAUCUGAUGUUGCUUGGUUGCUUUUAGGUAACUGCUUCCUAAGACUUCAGGACAGGACUAGCCAUGAGACUUUGUCACUUCUGUCAGGCUGAGAGGAGAUUUUACAGUUUUACCAUUUCUUGCAUGCAGGCUGACCUGUGAAAUCCAAGCAGGAGCUAGGAAACCUAAGCAGGUUGUGUUCCAUCUUCAUAUCUAAGGCAAAUUUGCAAGACGACCUUUAUGGAGUUUUUAGCUUAUCAGAUGCAGUGUGCCCAUGAGAUUUAAUGAGAGAAGGAGACACAGAGGUGCUUCACCUCUGUUUUCUGAGGAUGGGGAGGCCUGACCACUUCCUGGACCCCAGAAAACCAUUAACAGAUGCCUUCCCCCAAAUGGGUUCGAGAAGACCCCUUGUAGAUUAAUCAGCUGAUAAAUACCACCACAAAGCAAGCCUGUCCCAUAUUUGCCCACCUCUGUGUCCCAUACAUUCCAGGCAAAAUCAUCCUCCCAAAACUACAGUGAGCGUCUAGCUUUUGUAAAUACUGAAUUGUUGUGUGUAGCUUGUGAAAUAAGAUCAGCUAGCUCAUUACAGUCACGUCAUCUGCACAACUCUUACUCUGAUGAAAUAGCACCAUAAGGAGAUAUGGAACAUAGGAUUUUUGUAUGUGCAAUACUUUAUAUUACUUGUAUAACUGAAGCAUGUUUACACUGGCAUUUGUGGUUGUUUUUUAAACAUUUGAAUAUGCUGAUUAAUGAUUACAAUAAAUAUGAAAAAAAAAGGAAAAAAAAACCAAAACCAGACAAAGCUCUGUUCAGUAUUUUUUGCAAUGUGUUUUCAAUCCUGUGUUGCUCUGAGGAUGGGACUAGGUGACCUAAUAAGUUCUUUGCAGUUGUAACAUCUAUGGUUCACUUUUGAGCAAUUACUCUCCAUUUUAAUGAUGGGCAAAACAUGUUCCGAUACUAAAUUUAAACCAAAAAGAACCUCAGUGACUGCUGGGCCUGGCUGGAAUCCAUUGGCUACAGCUGUAUAAUGUCACUGGAAACCAAAUUAGAGGCACAUGAUCUGACAAACAGUUACAUUGAGCAAAACUUUGUUUUAUAUUUCUACAUCUUUGUAGAUUAAACUUCCCCCAUGGAAAUGUCUGGAGCCGUGUGCUGUCAAGGACUGUAGUCUUGGGUCUCAGCGUUUGUGGAUAGCUUUGGCUGCAAAUUGCAAACAGCUUUGCAAAGGAGAUUUCUGGGUUUCAGUGCUUGCCAAGAAUGUUUAUCCCCUGGGGAGAUUGCAUCCUGGAUGAGGACACUAGCAGGCAGUUGACAUAAUCUUUUCCCGCAGUAUAUUAGUAAUGUGCUGCCCGAUAACCUCUGCCACAUCCCUACAUGACUGAACUUUUGUUUCAGUGAUGUCAGCCUUGUAAUGAGUUACUAAAUGCAGUUUUCUGUAAAAGUCAUUCAGCCUUACACUUCCAAAUAUAUGUGGUGAGCUGCUAAUUGCUGAGAAUAUAGAAGUAUUAGAAUACAGGAGAGCAGAAAAAACGGGGUUACUUUAUAAAUUAAAGCCUUUUAAAACUGUUUAUUGCUAUGACCACCACAGUGGUCUAGUAAACAGAGACAUUAAUCUUUUAUUUCACAUGCUUCUUGCCAAAUUUGAGAAAGGCUGUCCAGUUAUUUCAUCCACGCAUCAGACUUAAGAGAAUGAAGUGUCAAACAACAUUUUCUGUUUUAUGAAAAUCUCAGAAUUUCCAUAACAGGGACUAGUGCAUUUGAAUAUGUUGUCACUUCUAGAUUUAAUCUUUAAAGUUAUUUAGCAAAUAGAAUUUUCAUUUAACCACCAGACUGUUGACAAGAAAUUUUUCUUGUCACCAUUCUGUAACUCAUUUACAAUUUUUUCUGUCUUCUCCAACGUUUUUGUCCUGACAGCUUUUACAGGUUUCCCACUUUAGACAUCUCUUGCAAAUGGCACUGAUUUUCUCUUUUAUCUGUGUUUUUUUCAGCCAUUAGCAAGAAGGAUCUUCUGGUAGGCAUGGCAUAGAUUAACUAAAAAGCGUCUUGGGAACUGACAAAACACCUAGGGAUAUGGAGGGGGAAGUCCCAACUAGCCAUGGCCUACGGUAUUCUAGUACAUUGAGGCAAACUUUUUUUGAUGAAAUACCAUCCAACACACAGGCUUUAGGAAUUGUUUAUGAGUGUUUUAUUUAUGAUUGUUGGCAAAGAUCCAUAUUAAAAUGUAAUGUAAUGGUAGUGCCUCUUGACAAUAAAAAGUCUUGAAUUUAGCUUAUGCAGGCGCCAUGAUGUGACACAGCAGGAAUGCUUUUAAUAUUGAAGGACUGUUCUUGUUUUGCCUGUAUGUUGUAUUUGAGGGGCACUUAACAAUUCAAGAUGCUACUCCACUGUAACAGUGAUUUUUAGAAAAGAAGAAUGGAAGUAAUUGUUCAACUCA